AUGCCUUCACUACAAUCAUUCUUUUUUCUCUCUAGGCCUGAAGCGUCAGCCAGCAGCAGCGCGUGCAGUACCAAAUCACCUCCAAUUCCCAGGACAAACAUAGGCCCGGCGGCUGAACAUCUCCAACAUGAACUUCUCGAAAUGUACUGGCAAGGAGUGGAACGUGAACUACCAUGCCUACUCCUCACCUUUCGUUAUUGGCAAUUGUCCAAAGAGACGUCAUAUUUACUGCCAGAUGAAGAAGAUCAUCAUAUUCAUGGAUACGAUACCUUUAUUGAUCAGGUAUCCGACAUCUCACGUCAAUUCCACGAGCGGAAUAAGACAAACCAAGAAUCGAAGAAAAAAAAGAAAAGUGACAAGAAAACCAACAAUGAACCGCCAUCUUACGACGAAGUACUGCGUGGUCGAGGUUGGGAUAUCUUUGCCGACAUGAAAAGUCAGAGCGUUAAAAGCGCUUUGAGGACUGCACUCAGUGAACGAAAGAUACUAGAUCCAACAAGACGACGAGCACGCAUGCUUCUGCAAUCGGCACAGUUUCUGGAUAUUGACAAAAUUAUUGAGUACCGAGAUGAUGAUGCCCAGCAUCCCACUAUACGGAAAAUGCCUGCCUCUGCUCAGAUGAAGGUGUCUUGCUACGAUGCUCUUAACCAGCCUGUGUUUGUCCCACAACGCUGUUCGGAAUGUCAGAACGUCAUUCGAAGCUGUACAUUUCUCGACACUAGCAGUGACUGUGUGGUUAUCUGCGAAGAAUGUUAUCAUGCGUCACAUUAUGGCCAGACACGUUUUGUCAAGAAGUACAAACAAUCUUGUCUGCCUACUGCAUUGACACCAGAAAUGAGCCGGCGGCUUUGUUACUGCAGUACCAUUCGGCGACGCGAUACCCAUGGGCGCUCUAGGUCACUUUGGCCUAUUGACCCGGUCGCUGACGAAGGGAAUCACAUACAAGGAGGCCUAGGUCGAGUUGGAUGCGGGCUCUACAAAGUCACGGAUCUUUUUGCAGAAGCAAAAUAUGCGUCUACACAGUCUCGGUCUGUCAAGAAUGAGAGCCUACUCAAACUAAGGCAGAGAGAUCCUGCCAUUGACGAAGUACCAAGGCCUUCAGGCGCUUCCAGAGAGCAACUUCACAGGUCGGAACAUGAUGAGACGUCCAGACCAGAAUAUGGGUAUUGUGAUGGGUCCAGUACCAAUAAGAUAAAGGGUAUUCCCACCUACAUACAGUCUACGAUUGGGGAGAAUCCGUAUGAGAAUACGCACAUGGCCAUCCGGUUUGGACCUCUUAUAAUAGAAAACGGCGUUGCAGACACGGAUGGUGUUCUCAUCACAAGUCGGGAUCCACCUUCGUUACAAGUCGCCCGCGACCCCCCAGAAGAUAUCACCAACAGCCUUCUUCUUACGGGCCAGACUGAUCGCAUCCUUUACUCGCAAAACAGACCACGAUAUCAUAAGCGCUACAAAGCAUUCAUGAAGCAAGUAGUUGGUGGUGCUUUUUGUGAUUUCUUCGACUCCACCACUGAGGAAGGCCUGAUUAAUGCUUUUAUUCGUGAGAGCGACUAUCUGGCUGAUGAAAACUUUGAACUCCCAGAGCAAGAAGCCUUGCUGAACCAGAGCUCCAAACGGUUGCUCUCAAAUAUCAAGGAGUAUCUUGGAUCAAGAGUUAAAGUAUACAUAACAAGCAUCGCAACUCGUCUUCUUCAUCCGGGUGUUCAACUUGAGUGGAAUCGUCAGUCCAACAGCUGCCAGGCGUUCUGCGACAACUUAAUCGACCGAGGAUUGUUUGGUUCUCUCUUCACUUCUGAACCGUUCGAUAGUAAGCUCCAGGCGUUCUAUCUGAUGAGCUUUGUAUGCCGACCUGGGUCCGACGUUCCGGUACGGGCACUGUCUAGAUACGAUGUCCCCAACGGCCUGACAGAAGAAUAUCUCUUCAAGUUUCGCUAUGGACGUUAUGAUGAUUCGGAUAUCAUCGACUCACUCUCUGAGUACUGGACUGAUUGGGGUGGCUUUGAGGGACCCAUCUAUCCCUACCAAGAUGUCUUUCCAUGGGAUUGCACAGAGGCAUAUGAUCGCUAUCCUGGAAAUUGUGGUGAUUGUAACAUUUCCAAACAUGUGCUCGCAUUUCCAUUUGAUUCAUGGUCUAUCGCUUCUCUUCACCUCGCACGGGGCAGAGAGUUGUAUCCUCCUGUCCCGACACUUAUGGACAAGUCGACCAGAAGGAAUCAUGCUGAAUGUUUCAUGUCAGACACAGACUGGUUCAAGAACCGUCUUACUGUCCUUCUCGGUCAAGAAACUCUCCUGGCAACCGCAGUAGCCAUGUCAUAUAACCCUCAAUUCCGUGCCUCGACAAACUGGCUCCAUGGCGACUCGGACAAAGCGAUGGACCGCCUAAAGCUCGGCGGCAUCCAUCGUGCACAACCCUUCAGCCAUCACUUCGAAAAAGGUGCAUACCAUCGCUACUUUGUUGCAAAUUGGUCCUUGUAUGCUUUGCCAUUACGAAUCACUGAGUAUGAGAAAUUGAGGGACUGGAGAGCAUCGAAGAUUGAUGUUGGAGCGACCAAGGCAGACGAUUCCGGAGCAGGAGGCUGUGGUGUAGGGGUCUUCAUUUGUGGUGCUGCUGGAGCUGGAUGUGCGGCUGGGAGUCCGGGAAUGACAGGAGAUACUUGUGGAAGUGGUUGUGUUACAGAGGCUUCAGGUGAUGGCGACGGCGACGGCGAUGGUGGUGGUUGUGGAGGUUGUGGAGGAUAG